GUUCCUCGACCCAGGCAGACUUUUCCCACAAAGUGUCUGGACAGGCGUCCCCAAAGCUUGACGGCCUAACUCUGAUCAGAGCUGAGUCAGGGGCUGGGGCCAGCCUCCAACACUGUCAGUCUGCCUCACUCAGGACACAAGCCCUUCCCACAAUGCCGAGAGACUGGACCUUCCCGCACCAGUCCCGAGACCUCGCGAGAGUUCGCCAGCGCCCGUUGUUGCCCAGGCUCAGAGCCGAUGCCUUCCUGGACCUCAGAACGGUCUCCUCUUUCCUCUUCCACUCCGCGCUCCGCUCUCGGAUUGGCUGGUUGAGUCGGGUCAUUUUUUUUCCUGGCCAGAAAGCGGCUCGGCAACUAGUCUUUCUUUUGGCCCCGCCUCCGAAGCCUGUAGAUUGGAUAGCUGAAUCCUACGUCACGCGCCUCCGCGGGAGCGCAGACGAGCCAAUCAGGAGCUUGGCGUAUUUUACAAACUGGGGAAGUACCUGGAGCAGAGGCCGAGAGUGUCGGGGGAUAAAGCGAAUCGUCAUGACCACCUUCCAAGCCACGAAGGAUCCUCUCCUCCGGGGUGUAUCUCCCACUCCUAGCAAGAUUCCCGUUCGCUCUCAGAGACGCCCACCUCUCCCCACUGUCAAACCCAGCGCCGUGGACCAGGAGAACCAAGAUCCAAGGAGAUUGGGGCAGAAGCUCAGUAUUCAGCGCCCCCUCGCAGACUCAGCAGGCCCCAGGCUGAAAGUCACAUGUCAGACAGAGCAAUCUGAGAAAUUGGUGGGGAGCCCUCAGCUCCGGAACCCCUUGGAGGAGCUCAGGCCUAGCCAUGGGGGUCAAAAUGUGGGCCCUAGGCCACCUACACAGACAGAGGCUCCAGGAACCAUAGAGUUUGUGGCUGACCCUGCAGCCCUGGCCACCAUCCUGUCAGGUGAGGGGGUGAAGAGCUGUCGCCUGGGGCGCCAGCCCAGUCUGGCUCAGAGAGUACUGGUUCGAGGGAGCCAGGGAGGCACCAUCCGGAGGGGUCAGGAUGCCCGGGCCUCUGCAUAUUUGGCCCCCAGAACCCCUACCCAUCGACUGGACCCUGUCAGGGCUUCCUGCUUCUCAAGGCUGGAGGGACCAGGGCCUAGAGGUCGAACCUUGUGUCCCCAGAGGCUGGAGGCUCUGAUUCCACCUUCAGGGCCUUCCUCUCACCCCUCUGCUCCUCCCUGUUUCCAGGAACUAAGAAGAGAGACCAGUGGCAGCAGCAAGACUUCAGCGAGCCAGGCCUCAGGAUCCCUUCUGGAGCAGCCUGUGCAGCCUGCUUCCUCUCUCCCUGAAGGGGAACCUGAAGUUGUCACUCAGUCAGAUGAAGGAGGAGGCGGCCCCCUUGGCCUGGCCCAGCGGGUACCAUUAAAAGAAACCCGAGAUAAAACCCACACCAGGGACUGCUGUGACUCCUGCCUGAUGCCCUCCCCUGGCCAAGCAGUGCCACCUGCCAUCACCCAGCCAUCACCCUUUGGACGGGCUCAGCGUGUACCAUCCCCUGGCCCUUCAGCUCCAAUCUCAUAUUCAGUGUUGCGGCGUCUCGCCACCCGCCCCAAAACCCAGUUCACACCACUCCCAUCAGCCUCCAGAGUUCAGCAGGCCCGAGGGUUGAGUGGCCUCUCCCCUCAACCUUGCCCUGAAGAGCCUGCCCUGCCCUGGGAGCAGAUUGCAGUACGGUUAUUUGACCAGGAGAGUGGUAUAAGGUUGCAGGAGGGGCCUGGGAAGCCACCUGUGUCGACUCCUUAUGGACCCCACGCCAGUAGAACCCCCAACUUCCAGGAGCUGAAGAUGCAGCGCAUCACUAUCCUGCAGCAGCUUUUGCGGCAGGAAGUGGAGGGGUUGGCAGAGGGCAAGUGUGCCCCCCUUAAUGGAAGCUCCUCUCUGGAUAUGGUGGAACUUCAGCCCCUGCUGGCUGAGAUUUCUAGAACUCUGAAUGCCCCUGAAAAAGUACCUGAGGCUUUUCACCUUCCUGGACUGUUACAGCACCCUGAGCUGCCAAAACCCUACUUUCCAGAGGAGUGUGGGGAGCCAGAGCCCUGCCCUGGAGCAGAGCCUGAGGUUGCCCCGCCCUGCCCUCCAGCUGAUUCAGGCCCCCCAGAGUCCUGCCAUGGGGGGAGGCCUGAGAAACCAGAGCCCUCCACCCAGGAGCAGCCUGAGGCGUCAGAGCGCAGCCCUCCAGUAGAACCUGGACCCCUUCAGGCCUGCCCCCAGGGGCAGGUAGGACUCCCAGAGCCCUCCACUACCGUAGAUCCAGGGGUAUCAGAAGCCUGCUCCCUGGAACUCAGAAAUCCAGAGUCCAGCUCAUGGCCCCGCACCAGUCAGUGGGCUCCAGCGACCACCAGCCUGACCUUCUCCUCCCAGCGCCCACUUUGUGCCAGCCCCCGUAUCCGCUCACUCCAGUCCCUGAAGCUCUCACCAGGCCCAACAGGUCCCAGCCAUCCGGCCCCUCGAACCAUGGCCCUGAGGCAGCGCCUCAAAGCGUGUCUGACCGCCAUCCAUGGCUUCCACGAGGCCUGCCUGGACGAUGAGUGUGCCUUCUACACCAGCCGAGCCCCUCCCUCAGGCCUCACCAGGGUCUGCACCAACCCCGUGGCCAUGAUGCUGGAAUGGCAGGAUGCCCUGUGUUUUAUUCCAGUUGGUUCUGCUGCCCCACAGGAUUCUCCGUCAUGAGGCAUCUGCAUCCACUCACUCCUGUCCUGUCUUGCUCCUUCCUUUUAACCUUAUUUAUUUUCCACACCGUGGAUUGGAACUGACACCCUUUUGUCCUUCAAUAAAGUUUCUAAAGUGUC